AUGGCCAAUGUGAAGAUCGUCUCGCAGGCUGAGUACCUCCCUCUCCGCCUGUCUCUCCUUGAGGCCGAAAAGGAGAACACGCGGGCUCGCGACGUGCUUGCCCACCAGCGCCGAGCGCUGCCCGUGGUCGAAGUCACAAGCCCGUACACCUUCACCGACGAGGACGGGAAGGAGGUCAACCUCACGGACCUUUUCGACGGACGCCCUCAGCUGAUCAUCUACCACUUGAUGUUCAGCCCGGACUGGGAUGCCGCAUGUCCCAGCUGCUCUCUGUUGGGCGACUCGGUUCCGGACCUGCGCCACUUGAAGGGCCAUUCGACCACGUUCGUCGCCGUGAGCCGUGCCCCGAUCGACAAGAUCCGGGCAUACAAGAAGCGCAUGGGCUGGACAUUCCCCUGGGUCUCGUCGUCAGGGUCGAGCUUCAACUACGACUUCGGAGCUACGCAAGACGAAGCGGUCAAGCCCAUCAACUACAACUUCAAGAACAAAGCGGAAAUGGAGAAGCGGGGCAUAUCCUACUUCGCAAAGGGCGAGCAACCCGGCCACUCGGUCUUCGUGCUCGGCGGGCAACUGACCGGCGUCGGCGACGAGGGCAAGGUCUAUCACAGCUACAGCAGCUACGCGCGCGGUGGAGAGCCCAUCAUCAACACCCUUACCUGGCUGGAUAUGACUCUAUUGGGCAGGCAGGAUGGCGUCAGCGGUGUGGGGGGACUGGGAUUCAAGAGGCAUGACGAGUACACGGCUGAGGACUUGAAGGGACUGCCGAUUGCGAAGAUUGGUGCUUGA